ACAAGUGGUUUACUCACUUCCCCCCUUCAAGUAAUGGGUAAAUUUAGAUGUCUCAGUUUCAUAAAUCUUCACAGUCCCCUUGAGACUGUCACCAGUGUUUUAUUGUCUACGGCUUCCUGACCCUCAUCUGAUAAAUCAGGAACCAUAGAGAUUAAAAUGGAAACCUCAUACAUAAUUUCUGAAGAUAUUUUUGAGGUGACCCUCUGUGAAGAAACAGGAUUCUUAAUAAGGGGAAAUAUGGGAACUGCCGUCUGCCUACGCACAGGCUGCUGGAGAGUAGACACUCGGGAGAGGAGGAGUUGCAUAUACACAAUGUGAGCAUCUGCCUUUGAAUCAGUUUGUACUUACAAAGAGCAGAUCUACAUGCGCUGUACCUAAAGGGAACCAUUUGGCAUCCAAAUUAAUCUAUUACUUUUUACUGCUGUAGAAAGGAAAGAAAAGAGGGGGGGUAGCUAAUGGACUGCUUGCUUUUCACAGCUACUGAAUUUUCUCCGAUAAUCUGAAACCUGAACCUGGGAGACCAGACCACUGAACCCUGCCAAGCAGAGAUGGACAUAAAACAAGACUUUCAUUUUUAAGACUUAAUUGCACCUAGCAAGGCACAUGAUAAAGUUGGAAACCAGCUCAGAGAUGGUUACAGUAUCUCAAAACAGCAGAUGACUAUUUACCACACUGACCAUGCUGGCCUUUCUGCAGGAGCAUCCUGGACCAGAGAGUAACAGUGAACUCCUACACGGUACGCAAUUUCUUUGCAAAAUACAGCUCCUGAAUACGUUCUGCUGGACACAAAAAUGUCCUAUCCUUCACAUUUCCUGAACGGGUCUGGAGCUGGAAAUGAAUCUUUGUCUCCUCUCUCAGUAACGGGAGAACCCAAGCACAACUACCCAAGUGAGGAACAAGGAAACAAAGUGCGUUGGGCAGCUUUACUGAUCCUCCUGGUGAUAAUCCCUACAAUUGGGGGGAACAUACUCGUCAUACUGGCAGUGUCUCUGGAGAAGAAGUUACAAUAUGCUACCAACUACUUUUUGACGUCCUUGGCAGUGGCAGAUUUGCUUGUGGGUCUGUUUGUGAUGCCGAUUGCCCUUCUCAUGAUCUUAUUUGACAACGCCUGGCCUUUACCAACUGCCUUGUGUCCUAUCUGGCUGUUCCUUGAUGUCCUCUUUUCCACAGCUUCCAUCAUGCACCUCUGUGCCAUCUCACUUGACCGCUAUAUUGCAAUUAAAAAGCCAAUCCAGGCUAGUCAGUACAAUUCAUGGGCUACAACGAUCAUCAAAAUCAUCGUGGUUUGGCUCAUUUCAAUAGGAAUUGCUAUUCCAGUCCCUAUCAGAGGCAUUGAAGAUGGAAAUGGCAACUCUACAAACAUCACAUGUGCCCUGAUGCCUGAUCGUUUUCAUGACUUCAUUCUGUACGGAUCAGUGGCUUCAUUCUUCAUUCCCCUCGCUAUCAUGAUAGUCACUUACUUUCUGACAAUCCAAGUGCUACGCAAGAAGGCCUACUUGAUCAACAAGCCACCUCACCGCUUCACUUGGUCAACAGUGUCCACAGUAUUUCAGCGUGACACAACAUCUGCAUCCUCACCAGAAAAGGUGGCCAUGCUAAACGGCUCCAGAAAAGACAAGACUUUGUCCAAUGACAUGCCAAUCUGCAGAACAUCCACAAUAGGGAGGAAGUCCAUGCAAACAAUAACCAAUGAACAAAGGGCAUCAAAAGUUCUGGGGAUUGUAUUUUUUCUUUUCUUGUUGAUGUGGUGCCCAUUCUUCAUAACAAACAUAAGUUCAGUUCUGUGCAACUCCUGCAACCAAGAGAUUUUUCAAAAGCUUAUGGAGAUAUUUGUCUGGAUAGGAUAUGUAUCCUCAGGAGUGAACCCUCUUGUCUAUACACUAUUCAACAAAACAUUUAGGGAGGCUUUCAGCAGGUAUAUCACUUGCAACUAUUGGACCACAAAGCCUAUCAAGGCCCUUAGAAAACGCUCCAGCAGGAUCUCUUUCAGAAGCUCUGUGACAGAAAAUUCCAAGUUCUUUGUCAUGCAUGGGAUGAGAAAUGGGAUUAACCCCAUUAUAUAUCAGAGCCCAAUGAGGCUGAGAAGCUCACCUAUCCAAGCAUCAUCAGCCAUUCUGCUGGAUACAUUGCUGCUCACAGAGAACGAAGUUGAUAAAACAGAAGAACAAGUCAGCUACGUAUAGUGGAAUGGCAGCUGUGUCUAUAUCAUAGUGUUACUGUAUGUAUUGCUCUAGGUAACACAAAUGGACUGCAAGACGGUAUAAAUACUAUUGGUUUUUGUUAUUUAUGCAAGCAACACCUUACAAAUUUAUAUUAAUUCCUCUCCUCCAAAGUCUCCCCUAUUUUAACCCCAACCCCAUGGUGGCACUCACAGCUUCAUUCCAUGAUAAAUGACUAAUGCAGAACUGUAGCCAACAGGAAAAGGGAAAUAAAUAAAAGCUAAACCAAUCUGCAUAUCUGACUUCAGUUCUCACCACCCCCAGUCUCUUCAAAGUACAUUUUUAUAAGAAAAUUAUCUCUGCACAAACACUAACAUUUACUCUGGCAAGAAGACAGAACAUUCUGUAGGUUGAUGCUUUAUGAUGAAAUAAGCAAGGGGAUACAAGCAUGCUUGUUUUAAUUUAAAUCCACCUUUACUCUGUGUAAACAGAACAGCACAUACACUCACAGCGUUACCUCCUACAGAUACAUUCCUUUGCUGAGACUGUGUAUCCAAGUAUGAGCUUUUCUUGUUCUCUAUGGAUAUGUGUAUCAGAAGCAGAAUUACUUGCUCCAGAGACCAAAAGGUGUCCAUUCCACAACAGGUGAAACUGUUUCUUAGCAGGGUGAGCUAAAAUUCCAUGUGCUGAAACUGUCCCUUUGUUGUUUUACUGUAGGGGUAUGUAGAAUCUUUUACCCACCUGAAUUUCAUCUCCAUUACUCUUGCAUACAAAUAUGUCUGGUAUUAUUAGAUUUGUCAGAUGUUCUUUUCAUACUAAGAAAGUGAGAGCAUUUAACCAAAAUAGGACAAUACCACAUCAGUGAUCAUGAGUAAACCAGGACAGGCAGUGCCUCGAACUUCCCUUUAAUUUAGAUGGACAAACUUCCUUUUUUACAACCAUUGUAACUUCAGUGAAAGCCUUCCCUUAUCUUACAUAGUUCACACAAAGUAGAAAAAUCACAGAUAGAAUAGCUAUUGCACUUGAAAAUAAGAGCAAGUGUUUCAGAGACAGCAGAGAUGGCAGUACUAUCCAGACCUGCAUAAAUCUGCAGUUUAGCUUAGCUCAGAAUAAUUUCACUGGACUAAUGGCAUAAGAUUAUUGUAGGUCCCAAUCUGCACUCUCUCAAAGAUGCUCAAGCCUUUCAUCAGAGCAUAAAAUUCAUACAAAGAAUUGCUCAUCACAACCCAUAAAAGUUACCAGAGUCUAGCAUCUGUGAAAUGAGGAGCUUCUGACAGUUCCAGAACAUCUUUCUUUGGGAAGGGAAAUCGUAUUUCCCCAAAGUACUGGAGUUCUCACAGUAAGCAGCCAGCUCACCAUUUUUUCCCAAUAGUUCCCAUUAACAGUAACAUUUUUAGCUGGGUCUCUUGUUUUCAUUUUUAGUGUUUUCAGAACCCUCUAGUUACAAACUAAAAUUAUGUACAGAAAAAGGCUUAGUUUUUUUCCUCCUCAGAACAGAAAGUACAAAAGAUAACACGUCCUUCCAACAUUUAUUUGCAUAUAUUUAAUUUAGAACAUAUGCACAUCUGAAGUGGAGCCUAAUGUAAAAACUGCCAUGGGAGUCCCAGAAGAAAUUACUAAAAAUACUUCUGUGUUACUUACUGUAAGUUGUCUUCUUCCUACCCUUUUUGGUGAUAGUCACUAGUCACUUCAGUUAGAAAAAGCUCUAACUGCUCUUACUCCUCUUCUUGUUAAAAUUUGUUUAAGGGGAUCCUGUAGUUAAAGCCAGAAUUGAUGGACUGCAAUACUUGUAAAAGAUACCUACAUCUAAAAAUAUUUGAGAAUCAAAAGCCUUAUUAAGACCUAGACUACGUGAAGCUCAAGGGGUGAGGGAGUACGAAUAAAAUGAACCCCCCCCCCCCAAAGUAAGGCCUCUUAGUAAUCAGUGGUUAGACUACACUAACAGGAAAUGACCCUUGAAAAAGUCUCACUCAGCAAAGAUCUAUUUUGUCAAGCCGGCAUAUAGAUUUCUCAGUUUUAGUAACCAUAUAAAGAAACAUGUUCCAGUUAUUGAAUACAGUCAGCAAUAAUAAACCUCAAUCCAAAGGACUAGUGACUCAUCAAAAAUCCAGUCUUCCUACAAAGAAAGGAAAUUUCUCCAUGGACAGAAAAACAUGCACAUUCCAUUUAACAUGACAAGUGUAAAAAGAAAUUGCUUGUCCACUGAGAAAGCAAACAAGUGAAGAAUUCAGGUAACAGUCUUGGAAAGCAUAAGGACAGAGGGAGAAGAAAGAUGAUGAGAAGAUGCAGAACUAUGCAAUAAAAAGACAAUAUAACAGCAGAGAUCUUGUUUUAGCAACUGUAUCUACAGGAACAGAUUUGAGCAAAGACAUUACCUUCAUUAGCAAGACAUGACUGAAAAUAAGAGAGUCACUGCAAGCUACUGUAAGAAAGCACAAGUUUGUUGUACAGUAACUAAGGACAACACUGCUCACGUGGUACUGACAAGCAAGAUGGGAAGCUCAGGACUACAUCCACGGGCAUCAUCUUUAAGCAACACAAAUUUAUAAGGCAUUCCUUUUUCUGAAGUAAGAUGCUAUCAAUUCUUUCAGAACCUGGCCCAUGACAAACUAAUCAUGUGGCCAGUUCUGUGGCCUCAAUGUACUACAUAAAAAUAAUAACUUAUACAGUUAUCUAGUUUAACUUUCCUCAUAAUCACAGAAGCUUUUAUCUGGCAUAUUUCAUUUCUGUUUAAAC